ACUUCGUUGCUCGGGAAACAGUUUUGCGCGCUGCGGUUUGUGUGUGUCGGUGUGUGUGUGUGUUUAGGCCGAGCAGCCCUGUUAAACGGAUUAUUAGUUUGCUGGAGUGUGAUUAAAAUAAAUAAAAAAAUCAUGCCUGCUCAUAGUGCAACCACUGCUUUGUCCAGGCUAUCAUCCACCAUUUAUAUUUACUGAGUGGAGGGAUGAAGAGCAGGAAACAGAGGUCCGUCAAAGCUGGAGGCAGCAAAAAGAGAGUCCCCAGCGAUGUGUCCCCCUCCACCAGCCUGCCUCCUCUGGUCGAGGGUCAGCUGAGAUGCUUCCUGCGGGUGACGAUAAGCCGGGUGUUAUGGACGAUUCACAAGCCUCCGUCUGCGACAUUCGUCAGGUUGCGUUGGUGGGGGGAGUCGUCUAAUGGUACACACUUCUUUCCAAGAGAUGGGUCGCAGCUGUCACAGAAGACCAUCAAGACCACAGCGUGCUUCCCAAUCCGCUGCGGCCCAAAGCAGUUCACCUCAUAUCUUACAGAUAUGGGUUCUUUGGUGCUGGAAGUUCUGACAAAACCAGAUCAUUUGCCGAUCGCACGGGCUCAGGUUGCUGGCAUUUCUCGUCUCUCUCUGUCACAUCCCAUCAGUGGAUUUUACACUCUCGUAUCGCCAACAUCUGAAAAGCUGGGAGAGUUACAGGUUUCCCUUAAUUUGGAGCCUCUGACUGAAGCCUAUGACAGCAGCAGCUCAGGUCCUGCCACAGAUAUCAGCAUUGAAGGACCACAAGUCACCACAUUGAUUGUUCCCUCUCAGCCAAGGUCGCUUUCAGCUGGCAGCGGGAAAGGAUCAGUGGGAGGCAGCGGUAGAAACACACCAAGAGGGAAAGAUUACUUAUAUUUCCAAAAUGCCCAGAAAGAAAAAAGCAAAGAGGAGUCACUGGAGAAUCAGAUGCCAACUACAAACAGAUCUCAGAACAGUCAAACAGCUGGUAACCCUUCAAGUCAGGAACCUUGUGGCCAAUCAACCAAUGAUAUCCUCUCAGUUAUUCUAGAGCGUGGGAACAAACUCAGAAACGCUAUGGUGGUAUCAGCUUUGAAAUCUGACAUGGAUUCUGCCCCAACUCUGAAAGACACUCCUCUUCCUCUCCCAAAAGAUAACAUCCUACCACCUUCCAAGCCCUUUCCUUCUCCCUCUGGGAGGUUUCUUCAAAAUAUCCUGCAUGCUGAUUCAACUCUCAAGCACUCUGAUGAUGUUGCUGUAGUCUCAGAUUGCGGCCUGGACUGUCCUGCUGACAUGGAUAACAGAGCUGUUGAUCUUCUCCUCGGCAGCUUAAACACAUCUCCUAUACCUCCCUGGGAUGGUGAAGGCUCCUCCCCUGUAUCUCUCUCCGGGCAUAGCAGUGUGUGUGGGGAUAGUGAACUCAAUGACCCACAAUAUGAUCAGAGCUUACUGGAAAACUUGUUCUACAAAACUCCUAUGUCAGAUAGCAGACCAGAUGACACCGAGGUGGAUGUUACAGCGACAGUGUCCUUGAGUAAAAGUCAGCCAAAACAUGGCUCACCAAGAGCUGAGAAACAGCCAACACUGUCUGGACACAAGAUUAGUGAAAACCCAAGUUCAGAGCCUCAGCGGUCUGCAGAUGAUGGUGGUUUUCCUUCUGGCCUGAGUUUGGAGCAGCUGAGUUUGAUCCGACUGGCAAAAGUGACCAUCGACUCCCUGACUGUACGUACAGGCAGCACAACCACCACAUCCAGAAAGACCUCUAGUAGAGGGAAACCUCCUCAACCAGUAACCAGCAAGAAAUGCACAUUUUUCGUUGAGUAUAUGUUCCCGAUGGCUUCCGCCUCUAGUCGACAUGAUCGCAGUAGGGCUGCAGAUGGGGAUGUGACCAGAGCCGUUUCCAAUAAAGUCACAGGAGGAGAGGUGAAGUUUCAUCAGCAGUCAGUGUUUCCUGUCCACUUAAGUACAACAGCAGUUAAACAGUGGUGGGGAACUGACCUCCUCUUCAAGAUUCACUCAAGAAAGAGCAACCAAAAGAAGCCUGUUCUCAUUGGUAAAGCAGUUCACCCACUGCGCUGUCUGCUGCAGAGCAAGCAGCUGAGUCAGUCUGUCAUCUUACCUGUACAGAGCCUUGAAGGGAACAGUGAAAUGAAUGAAAUCGGACCUCUCAAGGUGUCACUAGAACUUGUUACAGACAACAAAGACUUCUCCUCUGAAAAAAGGAAAAGCAAGCUGGCCUGGAGAGACACACCACCCUCACACAACGUACCCAGUCCUGAGAGAGAGCCCAGCGCCAGAUCUCAAAAUGUUGACACUGGCACAGAGGACUUACCGGCUUGCUCUUUUGUAGACUCCAGAUUGAAUGUUUCCAGUCCGCAGAAACCCUUAAAAGUACCCUCUCCUCAUCCCGACCUCCACACAUUUUCUCAUAAAUCAUGGCAGCAGGUGGAAGAGGACCCCGAGGUGCUGUUGCAUACUUUACUCAUGGUGCCAGAUGGAAAGAAUUUCAACUGUGGGCCCAUGCAGGCUCCAAACGUGUACUUGAACUGUAAACUCUUUUGGUGCGAUGAGACGGCGAGAUCUGUCGUCAGCUGGGGUCAGGCAAACCCUUCCUUUAACUUUGCUCAGGUAACUCCUGUGGCCUUAACAACGAAACUUCUGGAGAGGAUGAAGAAUAAUGUGAUGGUGAUCGAGGUGUGGCAGAAGAUGGGGAGCUCAGGGCAGGAUCGGCUCCUCGGCCUUGUUAAAUUACCUCUCCACCAGUUCUACAUGUCAUUUAGGGAUCCAAAGAUUGCUCACCUUCUUCUCCAGGCACAGUACCCCGUUUUAGGGGUGGACUGCUACAUGCCAGUCAUUGAUGUCUUCUCAGGUAGUUGCAAAGGAAACCUCAGGGUUGUUUUGGCUAUGGGCCAAUCAGAGCAGAUAAUCGCCCUCCAGCGUACAAGGGACGAAGAAUACGACUCUUUGUCUCAUCUGGUGAGACCAGUUCAUCUGCUUGAUCACCAGCCACAUGCACAAACAAAGGUGAGUGCAGCACAAGAGCAAAUGAGAGAGCAUCUGUUUGUGAUAAGGGUGGAGAAGGUCAAUGGGUUGACACCGCUGCAGUCUACAGUGUGGGGUGAGGCCGACUGCUACGUGCAGUACAGUUUCCCAUGUCAGGAAGGUGACCCUGCUGCACAAGUGGACCAAAACCUCAUAGAGAGCAGCAUGAACCUGAAACCUUUUCGUACUACUACCACUCUCUGUGUGCCUGACCCACUGUUUGGCCAUACUGAGACUCAUGUGCUUUUGGCUCCUGAGGGAGUGCCUGUCCAGAGGCUGCUGCUCAGCUCUCUUUCAAGUCAAGGCCUGAGCAGUGGAGGGGGUGUCCAGUUUGAAGUGUGGUGCAGAUAUUAUUAUCCAAAUGUCAGAGAUCAGCUUGUGGCCAAAGGGAUGCUUCCAUUGUCCAAGCUGUGUGCCAUGGUCACCAUGCAGAGACAGCAUCCGGAUGAAGCCCAAAUGUUCUCCCUGCCACUGAUUCCCAGGACUGACAGUCCCACAGGGCAUCAGCCUCAGCCCUCAGGCCUGCUAGAUGUGUGCAUUCGGUACAAGCAUCGGCCUGUGAGACCUGAAGGACAGACUGGCAGAGGAGCUGCCUCUCGUAUUGUGACACUCGUGGUUCAAGUGCACAGAGCGUCUGGUCUGCAGGCCGCAGCAAGGGUAUUAUCAGAACAAAAUGAAAGGUUCAGCUACUUUGCUGCUGUGGGAGUGAACACAUUUGUAACAGUCCAGCUCUCCUUCUUGCCUGAGAGUGAGAGGAGGUGCACCCGCAUAGCUGCCAAGACCUUCUGCCCGGAGUUUGACCACCACAUGGAGGUGUGCUGUGAUCUGCUGAUUCAGAGGAGCAGCGGAGAAACCUGCAGUCUGGCAGAACAGCUGGAGGAGGCUUCUGCUGUUUUCACUGUCUGGAACAGAGACAAUCGCAAAGCAAUGGAUGCUUCCAAGCCUAAGGAUGUGAUGUUGGGCACAGUGAAAAUACCGCUGGCUGAUCUCAUUCUUAAAAGAACAGGUAUUUCCGGCUGGUUUGGAGUCUAUAUACCUCAGGAAACAAGUCCUUCUCAGGUCCAGCACAUCUUGGUCGGGGGCCUUGAGAUCUCGGUCAGCUUCGCCCACCAUUCAGACAGAGAGAGAGCCAUUAAAGCUGCUCGGAGCGUAGGCUGGGAAAUGGCCCAGAGUGACUGUGGAAGGCAUGAUGAUGAAGGAGUCUGGGAAGAGAGCAUGAGGAAAAUGUCUCUGACCUUAUCGAUGCCUAGAUUGUGGAUACCGGUCCACUGCUUGCUUCUGCCAGGACACAGUGAGCUGCAGCGCUCCACCUACUGCUACUUCAGGUACAAAUUCUAUGACCAGGAUGCCUUUUGCUCUCAGAUGAAACACCCCUCUAUCAUGGAGGGUGGGGAGGAAGGCCAGGCCACAGUGAGUUUUGAAGGAAGUAGGACAGUUGAGCUGAGGAGCACCCAACCUUUGAUGUGGUACCUUCGAGAGGAAAGGCUGGAGAUUCAGGUGUGGGUUACCUUUAAGAAAGACAAAACUCAGAGGCCCCGUGACACAGACCGCCUGGUGGGAUCAGCAUUUGUCGAACUGUCCUCGCUGGCAAAGACACCCAAGCAGAAGCUGACUCUCAGUGGAGUGUAUCCGCUGUUCAGACGCUCAGCAACAGACCUGCAGGGGGCUGCUCUCAGGGUGCACAUCACCCUGACCGCUGGUUGUGCCCCUAGCAAGACAUCUGCAGUAGCUGACCAACAGGUGGACUCUGACAGCCAGGGGGAGCUCUUAUCAGAAGAGAUGGAAGCAGCAGAUCAAGUCCCCUCGCCCACCACACCUAAACGCUCCCACGCACAAAGCAAACACCAGCAUAAAACGUCAAGAGCAACUCCAGACAUCACAUCUUUGCAGCACACAGAAAUGAGCGUGGAUGAAUCCUUCCCUGUGACGGUUGCAGUGGACAGAGCUAUGCACCUGAAUCUGAAAGGCUGUCCACUAGCCGAACGCAGUGAAGGGACACCAUGCUGCUGUGUUUCAUAUGUUACUGCUGACUCUGAUGAACCAGUGUCCACGGCUCUAGUACCCAACACUGACUCCCCUGUGUGGGACCAUCAACAUGAGUGCAGGCUUUCAAAGCAGCUUCUGGUUGAUCCACAGCAACAUCUGGUGUUCAAAGUCUGGCACAAAGGAGAAAUGGAGAGGGUGCUUGGAUUUGCCUCGGUAGACCUGUCCCCCUUACUAUGUGGAUUCCCGUCAGUGUGUGGUUGGUACAACAUCACAGACUUGAGCGGACAGUGUCACGGCCAACUCAAAGUGUCCAUCACUCCACUAAAGGGGGUCCAAGACCUCCGUGGGCAGAGAAAAACUGCGAAUGAAGAAGCUGCCAAAAACUCACCGGCUUUAUUCCAGGUCUUCCCUCUCAGCUACCAUACCACAGCCACAUACAGCAGCUUCCCGUCUCACAUCAGCCGAUACCCCGAGCAGCAAAUCUCAUCACCUGACCACAUAGAUAGACUGUUCUCUGAAAGUUGUCCCAGGUCCAGUGAGAGUGACCGUCAUCAUGAGCACAUGGACAAAGUGCGUCUUUACCAUGAGAGUCUGCAAGAGCAAACGGCAUCUCACUCUGUCUGCAGCAGCAGUGCUGUUGACAUCAACCCCUCCAGCUCCUUCCUGUUUUCAGCACUCAGGAAAAAGCUGAGCGAGCUCGACAACAUCCAGAGAUAUUUCAGCCGUAAGAUUUCAACUCCCACAUUCCCGUCUGUGAGUGAGCAGGACUGUCACACCAAGCCAGAGGAACAGCGGGAGUCUGAGAUAGACACAUGUCAGCUUCUUCGCAAGUCCAAUCUGUUAGUUGGAGAAGUCAACAAUAUCAUUAAUGGUAUACAAAGUCAACACCUGGAAACGAUUCCCUCCAAGCCCCAGAGCAGCUCAACAACUUCCCCUGUUGGACACAACGACCCUCACACUAUCCCUGAGAUUAUCUCCAGUCCACGCAGAGCUUCAAAUUCAUCCCAUGAAGACUUGUCUCCGCUGAUGUCACCACUUCCAAAAAUGUCUGAGGAGCAUACGGACUCUGAGGCCGAGGAAGAAAAAGACAACCAACACUGCCCAGCCACUGUGUCGGAGGAUGAAAAUGGAGAAGGAAUAGAUGAUGAUGAUGAUGAAGAUGGAUCAAGCUGCAGAAGGGAUGAUGAUGAUGGAGAGGAGGAGGAAGAUUACGAAGAGGUUGUGCUGAAGCCGAGGACUUUAAAUGAGGUAACUUCUUUAACAGACAAAACCAGUCCUUGGACCAGCAUUAUGUCAGACCCCGACCUGGUUUCUCUGGAGAGCAUGGAGGCACCAGAGGAGCCGGACCUGAGUCAAGACGAGGAGGACAAGAGUCAGUUAACAUCGCAGAAUGUAAAUCUGCACGCUCAGCAAUCCGGUGGGAAACACAGAUGUUCAAGACAAGAGGAAAGAGAACACCAUCAAACUGACAGUUUUAAUGGAUCAGCAGGUGACGCUUCAGACACAGAGAGAGACGGUGACAGGACACUACAAGCCCCAGAUGAGGGACAAGUAGAAGAGUCCAACAUGUGGUCAGGUGAUACAGGUUCAUCACCCACACCGGAGCGUGGCACAUUCACCCAUGAUGCUUCAUGUUCCCUGGAAAAUCAAGACACAAGACUCCAACUCUCGGUCCCUGCGGAGGUUCCUAAUUUCUUCCUUCCCUCUCACCAACUGGAGGCAUCUAUGAGAGCCAUACGCUUAGCUCCGUCUUUCUCUCAGUCCUGCAGUGACCCUGGGCUGAACGCUCCAGUUCACAGCAUUCCUCGCAGAAGUCCUCGCAGAAGUCCUCGACAGCGUCCCGACAUGUCGCCAUUAUCCAUGAAGAAAGAGACUGAAAGAAUAGCAAAAAUAUUUGCAGCUCACUUUGAAGAGGAUCAUUAGUAUGUAGUAGUUUUGGUUGGACAAACAUUCAUGGGUAACCAUUCACUCUAAGUCCCCCUAUUUAGCAAUUAUAAGCAGUAUGUUAACAUUUAAUACAUGGUUUAUAACACUAUAAUGUAGUUAUAAGCCAAUAUAAGGACAUUUUAAGUGUGUAUUAAUGUACAGUAUAUGUCAACACAUAAUUUAUACUAUGAAGACAUAUUUAUAUUUACUGUUUUACAUUGUCACUCAGUAUUUUUUAAUACACCAGCCUAUAGUUGUUGACAAAUACAUUAAUUAACACUUGUAUCUGCUAACAACUACAUUAUAGUGUUUUAUAAACUAUUAACU